UGAUGCACGUAAAAUAUUUUUGGAAUUUACAGCUUUCGUCAACUUUAUUAUAAGAAUCGGCUAAGUCUAUUGUGAUUAAUUGCAGUUGAGAACCAGAAUUCAGACAGUCAGUCUUUUUUUGCUCUAGAAUCCCAGCAACCAAAGAGGGGACUGAUCGCGAAAGGACACACAAUAUGGGGUUUCUUCUUCAAAUCUUCGAACUAGUCUCUGGGUUCUUGAAAUCUUCGAAUGAGUCUUCGGGGAAAAGUAAUUCCGAGAAAGACAAGCCACAACAUGUAAACCAACCCACAUUUUCUUCUACACCACUUAGUCUCCAUCUAAACCACCCAGUUCUAAAAGUUCAAAUCCAUUGCCACAUACAUUUUCUUCUAGACCAUCCACAUCUUCCACAAUCCUAUCACCAUCUCCAUCAUCCCUUAAACCUCCAGUUGCUUCUUCUAGAUCAUAUGCAUCUGUCCUUAAGACCACUGAACCCCCAUCAGCUUCUUCUUCUCCAACUUCCAAAAAACUACCUCAAUCUUCACCUUCAGUGGUCUCAAAUUCAUCUACCUUGGGGCCUCGUCAGACUUCCACUAAGCAGCCUCCAGCUUUUAAGCCAAUUCUGUAUACAGCUCCCAAUAAUGUAACAAAUGAAGAAGGGAAGAUGAGCUAUAUGUAUGAAAAGGGUACACCCUUAUAUGCUAUUCCUGAGGAUAUCGAAGGUCAGAUCAAGAGAGACAUUGUGCCUCAAGUUCUGAAACAGCCUUUAUCUCCUUCAACUUAUAAGGCUUUUUUUGCUGCUCUGUUAUAUGCCGAGGAUUACUACUUGGAGAAAUGGACUGAUUUCCUAUUGGAGAAAGUGACUUUGAAGUUGGAGAAAGCAACAGUUUAUAAGGAAAAAAACGAGCAUAAAUAUUCUGAUGGAAGUGAUGAGAAGGAUGAUAAAAUCUUUGUAGCAUUUGAGAUUGAUUCUGUUCCUCAGAGGCGGCCAUUCCUUUUAUCAAGGGACAUGGUCUAUGCUCAACCUUCGGAUAAAGAGGUUGAGGCCUUUCAGGGUUUUAUCUAUCGCGUGGUGAAAAGCAAUUGCAUUUUAGUUGAAUUUGGAGACGAUUUUCAUUCGUAGCAUCAUCGAAAUCGCAAAUAUGACAUCAGCUUCUCAUUCAACAGAGUUUGUCUGAAAAGGGCUCAUCAAGCUGUUGAUACUGCAAUAGAAACUUCAUCCCAGAACUUCAUCUUUCCUGAAUGUGUCUCUUGGAAGAACAAUGUUAACCCACCUGUGUUUGAUGCCUAUCAUGAACUUAAUAUAGAUGAGUUCCGUGCAGUUCGUCGGAUUCUAAGCUAUCCGGGCUCUCCACCUUAUCUUCUUGUGGGCCCGCUCAUUGGCACUGAAGUGGAAAGGUAUGUACCUGAACUAAAAGCAUCAGCAAGAACAGGGGUGGUUGUUUGUGAAGCUGUAAUUGAAAUAUAUAAAACCUCUGAAGAGAAUCGGGUUCUUAUAUGUGCACCUAUAAACCACACAUGCGAUGCGCUAAUGACAAGGUUGAUGGAGGUGAUUCCAGAGUCAGAUAUGUUUAGAGCCAAUGCUGCAUUUAGAGAGAUGGAUGGAGUACCCAGUGACAUUCUGCGCUCAUGUCCUGUAAAAGAUGAAUGUUUUGAAUGUCCCCCACUCACAGAACUUCAGGAAUUCAAGAUAAUUUUGUCAACUUAUGUGAGUAGCUUUCGACUAUACAACGAAGGCAUAGCUGCUGGACAUUUUAGUCAUAUUUUUCUAGUGGAUGCCUCAUCAACCACAGAGCCGGAGGCAACAAUAGCUUUGGCUAAUUUUGCUAAUGAGAAUACAUCUGUCAUUGUUACCGGUGCAGCCAGAAACCAUUCAGGU